CUGCCCCUUGCUUUUGGCUCUCUCUCUCUUUCUCAUUCUCUCUCGUGCUUUGAUCUCUGCUUAACAACAGUAACGUCACACGGACUACACCAGGAGAGUUUUGUUGGAAGUUAGAAAGUUUUGCAGCCUCCAGAGGGCUGUAGCGGCAGUAGCAGAAGCAGCAUCCAAGGGACUCCUGGAAGGGGAAGAGAGAGAGAGCGAGCGAGCGACUGACUCAGUCCUGCUGCAGAGAAGUGACUCGAGGAGACGAAGGCAGACAUGGAACAUCAGCUGCUGUGCUGCGAGGUGGAGACCAUCCGACGAGCCUACCUGGAUGCCAACCUCCUCAAUGACAGGGUGCUGCAGACAAUGCUCAAGGCGGAGGAGACCUGCUCGCCCUCCGUCUCCUACUUCAAGUGCGUGCAGAAAGAAAUCUUGCCAUAUAUGAGGAAAAUAGUUGCCACUUGGAUGCUGGAGGUUUGCGAGGAGCAGAAGUGUGAAGAGGAGGUUUUCCCCUUGGCUAUGAAUUAUUUGGACAGAUUUUUGUCGUUUGAACCCCUCAAGAAAAGCCGAUUGCAAUUGCUCGGAGCUACCUGCAUGUUUGUGGCUUCAAAAAUGAAGGAAACUAUUCCUCUGACCGCAGAAAAACUGUGCAUUUAUACAGAUAACUCCAUUAGACCCGACGAAUUACUGCAAAUGGAGCUGCUGCUGGUGAAUAAGCUGAAAUGGAAUCUGGCUGCAAUGACCCCCCACGAUUUCAUUGAACAUUUCCUUACUAAAAUGCCUCUGGCAGAGGACACCAAGCAGAUCAUCCGUAAACAUGCUCAGACUUUUGUGGCUCUGUGCGCUACAGAUAUUAAAUUUAUUUCAAACCCACCCUCCAUGAUCGCAGCUGGCAGCGUGGUAGCAGCUGUGCAAGGCCUGCAUCUGGGGAACACUAACACUUUCCUCUCCUAUCAAUGCCUCACACAUUUCCUAUCACAAGUUAUCAAAUGUGAUCCGGAUUGUUUACGAGCCUGCCAAGAACAGAUUGAGUCCCUCCUGGAGUCCAGUCUACGCCAGGCACAGCAGCACAACAUAUCUUCAGAAACAAAGACUGUAGAGGACGAAGCAGACCUCUCCUGCACACCUACUGAUGUGCGAGACGUGAACAUUUAAAGAGGACUUCUUCCUAAAUGGAUUUGCUUGGCAAGAAAAGCAGACAAAGAAAGGGCAUCUGAGAAGGAAUCGGCAUCAGGAUCUCCCCCCCAGAAACCCUUUUCUCCAGGACAUUUUUAUACCAGAAGGGAAAACCAGUCUUGUUAUAUUUUUUCUUGCUCUGUCUCCCUUCCAUCUGUGACUUCAAACAAACAAAUAAACAAAAAAUACCCCAAAAACUGUCUUAAAAAAAGAAAAAAAUAGUAUUUGCAUUACCCCCAGGGGUUUGUGCUACAAAAAUAGAGGAUUUUAUACAAUAAUAAUCAACUAGUUUUUAUAUUAAAGUGUUCUUGUCUGUAUGUUGUAAAAAUAGGCAUUAACACACGAAAUGUCUCCAGGGGAGGUAUUAGAUUUGAUUUCGUACAUAUAAAACAAACCAACCAACCAUUUUUAAAGUAGAAGAGGGUUUUUUUUUUAGAUAGUAAAUGAAAUAUUCUUUUUCUUUAAAGAGCAUAGCUUUAACGCAGUUCUAGGCUUUUCUGUAUCUUGCUUGCUUAUGCAUUUAGUCACUUUAUAAUUCAUCUGUAAAUGUUUAUUUUAUUUCCUUAGGUUUUUUUUUAUCCUCUUCACCUUAUAAAUGGUUAACGUAACCCAUAAGUUAGUGUAUGUUAGUAUGCAGCAUUAUUAUAUGUUAAUCUUUUUUUUUUUUUUUUGUGCCUGUGGAUUGCCUGUGCAUUGAGGCAUUUGUAGGGUUCCAGCUUAGUGUGGUUGGGAAAGGCCAAUGUACUACUCAUACAGGACCCUAUUAUAAAGAGAAACCGAAAUAGUGACAUAAUAUAUUAUAUUUUUGUAAUCUUCCUAUUUUUGUAGUUACCUGUGUAAAAAUGCUGUUCUGACCCCACAGAUAUUCAGCCUAAUUAUAGUCAGGUUCAAUCCACAGUUGAGUCUUUUUUUUUUUUUUUCCUUGUUCGUUUGUAAUAUUCUGAAACCAUUCCAUUCAAAGCACUUUCAGUCCAUUAGAUAUAGGAAAUACAUUCUUUUAUUGUGUGGAAAUUUUUUUUUGUUUGUUUGUUUUUUUAAUGGAAUGGUUUGGAAAUAUAUAAAGUGCUUGUUGGCAAACUUGGAAUUGCAAAGCAAGUGCAUUUAACUAUGGUGUUAGAGGAGAGGUGAUUCUUUUUUUCCGAAGGUUGUGUUCCAGUGAGAGAAAAUUGCAUUCACAAAUUGCCAGGAUAUCUUCCUUUCCUUUUCUAUAGAAAAGUUUGGAGUUUAGAACCCUUUGGUGCCAACUCAUCUUUAUAAAUUAGGGGCCUUAAAGGUUCACAUAUAGGACACAUAGUUUUAAGGAUUAUCGCUAGAUGUUUUUACAACUGAAGGUUUUUAAACACUAAAAUAUAUAAUUUAUAGUUAAGGCUAAAAAGAAUAUUUAUUGCAGAGGAUGUUCAUAAGGCCAGUAUGAUUUGUAAAUUAAUGCAAUCACCCCUUUUGAAAAAGAAAAUCUUUCUACCCUUGGUGUUGCAAUUUUUUACCCAGCUUAUUAAAGCAAAAAAAAGGAUAUGCUUCAAAGAACAAACUCAAAACCAGGCAGUCUAUUUGGCCCCUUCCUAUACAUUUUCAAAAGCAGUCUAACCAUGAAAAAACACCAUAGUUAAUAGAUAUGAAAAUUGGAGUACUUGAAAGAAGUUUUUAUUCCAGAAUAUGCCCCAUUUGUUUUUUUUUUAUUUAGCUACAAAUAGAAAAUUUGCACAUCUUGGCUAUGUAUCUUUUUAUUAUUAUUUUAGAAAGUAGCUGAAGGGACGUGGACAUAGCUGUUGAAGUUGAUGCUCGAGGAGAAUGUGAUGGUGAAAUGUAUGUGAGAAAACUGCCGCUAAGGUGUUGAUUGUAACAAAAAUAACAACAACAAAAAAGAACAAAAAAAUGAAAAAAGAUAAAAAAUUCAAAAGAUAAAAAAAAAAGAAAAAGACAAAAGGAGUGGAUGCUCCAUUUUUAUUGAGCUGCUAUGGAUAAAUUCCCAGCAUGGUUUGAAAAAAAAUUAACAUUGCUUUUCUGUAUCUUUGUCAUUGUGUUUUGCUGCUAUUUUGUGGAUCAGUUUUUUUUUUUUUUUUGUUAUACAAUGUCAUAUACUGCCAUGUAAUAGGUUUUAAUUUUCUCAUAGAAAAUUAUAUUAUUGACAUCAUUUUUUGUAGAUUUUUUAUGUGAUCAAUUUUUACUUAAUGUGAUUACUGCUCUAUUCCAAAAAAGGUUCCUGUUUCACAAUACCUCAUACUUCAGUUACCCGUGUCUAGACCAGGUUUUGAUGUUCUUACAGUGCCUCAUAGUUCUACUGCAAACGGAAAUGCAUCGAACGUUGCUCUGAAUGGGUCUCUGCAUUAAUUUAAAAACUAGCAGACAUUUCAGAAGAUCAAUUAAUAUCAAGGGUUGGUUGUUUUUUGAUUUUUUGGGUUUUUUUGUUUUGGUUUUUUGUUUUGGUUUGGUUUUUUUUUUUUUUGGUUUUUGUUAUGCAUUUUAUAAAGCUGGAUUCUUUGUCUGAUCUGGGGUUUAUUAUCAUAGUAGUUUUAAGUUGUGUUACUAGCCACAUUGAUAUAUGAAAGGUGCAUUAUAAUAUAACUCUUGUGUGCCACCUGAUGUGGUUCUCCCUCAGCUGGGACACAUCAUUUGGUAUGUUAGGUUAUCUUCUGGAACUCUAAGUAUUUUGUGUGUUUAAUCUGUUAUGAUAUACUAGGGGUUUUUUGUUUGUUUUGGUUUUUUUUUUUAUAAUUAUAGCAUAAUGCUAAUUUAAAAAAAAAGCCUGUAAAUCUCAUAAACAAGCCAGCUAACAGAGUUGUAUGCUGAAGAAUAAUCUAGCUGUUGCCUGUAUGCUGCUAAACCAAAACAGAAUUAGAACUCAUUUUGAGGCAAAUGCAGUUAAGAUCCUACAUAGUGCAUAAAUAAGCAUUGCAAUGCUACUAGCAGUCGCAGGACCCAGGAGGACUGGAUAUAUUCUGUCCAAAUUUCAGGAACAUUUCUUACUGCUUACCUCAUAAAACACUUCUGUUUGUGGCAUCUCUGUGUCUCUGAACCAAACAUGAUUAUUGAGUUUAGUGCUUGUUGGUUUUAUUAUGUGUUACACUGAGUGGUAGUGUGUACUGCAAAUUUUUUUGAAAUAUUGUAUGUACUGAAAAAGGCCAAAUCCAGAUAAGUGGGUUCACGUGCCAACAGAGAUGCUUUAUUUGUCACAUUAUUAUAACAAUCUGUAGUAAGCAAAAGCAAUUCAGAUUUGUACAUUUUUAUAUUGUACUUAUUGGCAUCACUGGUCUGAAAUGCACAUUUUCACCAACAGACCUGUAACAGACAAGUUUCCAGCAAAAAAAUCUAAAGAAAUAGAAAUAAAAUUGGUAAAACCCAA